AUGCCUCACGAUGCCGAAGCAGAUGCCAACCUCUUCGAUCCCGAGACUGGAGUGAAACGAGGACUCAAAACCCGGCAUCUCACCAUGAUGGCUCUAGCCGGUAUCAUCGGCCCCGGUCUUCUCGUCGGUGCUGGUGGUGCCCUUUCGAACGGAGGACCUGCCUCAUUGCUGAUAGGCUUUGGUGUCAUUGGCAUCAUUGCCUUUAGUAUCAUGCAAUCUCUCGGCGAACUCACGACUCUGUACCCUUCUGGAGGCGCGUUUACGGAGCUGGGCGAGAGAAUGGUGGAUAAAGCUUUUGGAGUCGCUGUGGGUUGGAAUUACUUUAUCAUUUGGGUUGCGGUUCUGGCGAAUGAGUAUAAUACUAUUAGUAGUAUCUUUACUUUUUGGGCCCCUCAGGUCCCGUUGUGGGGUUACUUUCUCAUUUUCUGGUUCUUCUUUCUUGGGUUUCAGUUGUUGGGUGUGGAGGUGUUUGGAGAGGCGGAGUUUUGGCUUGCUUUGCUCAAGUUGGCUGGAUUGGCUGCAUUUUUUGUGUUUGCCAUAAUCUAUGCUGCUGGUGGGUUAGUUGGGCAGGAUGAACCUCUUGGAUUUCGGUAUUACCACAACCCUGGAGCUUUCGUGGAUGGCUUCAGGGGUGUCGCUACGGUCUUUGUGUUCUGCAGUACCUUUUACGCCGGCAUCGAGUCUGUCGCUGUUGCAGCCACAGAGACCAAAAACCCUGGUGUUGCCGUGCCUCUGGCCAUCCGACAAGUAUUCGCACGCAUUCUGUUCGUGUACAUGGGCUCGGCGUUUUUCUUCGGCCUCGUAUGCCCAGCAAACGCAGACGGCCUUGCCAAUGGAGGCAGCAGAGCACUAAAGUCACCCAUGACAGUCGCGAUUCAAAACGCCGGUUGGAAUGGUGGUGUCCAUCUCAUCAACGCCUUCAUCUUUGUAACAUGUCUUUCAGCAACAAACGCAUCCAUCUACAUUGGCUCUCGCACCAUCCUCUUCAUGGCAAAAGACGGCAAGGCCCCUCGCUUCCUGGGCUGGACAGACGAACGCGGUGUCCCCGUCGCCGCCAUAAUCUUUACAAACCUCUUUGGCGCAAUAUCGAUGAUGAAUGUCAGUACUGGAGCGGGAAAAGCAUACAACUACAUUGUCAAUCUCUCUGGAGUCUCGACUUUCCUGGUCUGGGGUAGUAUCAGUUUCAUCCACAUCCGCUUCCGCUCUGCAUGGGCACGUCAAGGCCGUACACCCGAGGAACUUCCCUUCAAGUCGAUGCUAUAUCCCUGGAAUGCGUACUUUGGACUCUGCGCCAAUAUUUUCCUUGCUCUUGUUCAGGGAUGGGGUAAUUUUGUACCCUUUGAUGCUGGAGGCUUUGUGGAUGCUUAUAUUUUGAUUCCGUUGUUUCCUGUUAUUUACUUGGUGUACAAGGUUUGGAACAAGACGAGAUUUCAUAGGUUGGAAGAGAUUGAUUUGGAUGCUGGGAGGAGAGGGGAUGUGGAUGCUGCUAAACAGGCGACUAGACUUGUACCGGAUGCGACAUUGACAUCGCAGGUCAAGGGUGGCAGGCUGAGGACGAUCUGGAAGAAUCUUUGA